AUGGGAAAGUACUACGCAGCUAAUCCUCCUUACUACAAGGAAAAGCCCACCAAAAUGGCUUCCAUGCGACGUGUGAAAGUCUUCGGCCUUUUCGUCUUCAUCGCCGUCAUAUCCCUCCUCUUCUAUACUUCCUCUCUUCGUCAACAGCGCAAUCUCGUCAAAUCCGACUCCGGAGAUUUCUACAGCAAGACCAUGAAUGGAUUGGGAAAGCAAGAGGUGGCAGCUGCAGGAAGCCGAAACGACGAAGAUGAGAAAGUAGCAAAAGAAAUGCAACAAAGAUUAAAAGAUGCGGCGGAUAAAGCAAAAGAUAAUGCGAAUGCGAAAGCGUUUAAACCUGACCCACCAUCGCAAGUUGUGGGGAAGGGAAAUGCGGCAGAGGGACAGGGUGGGGAGAGGAGUGUUGCUGGACGGAAGAAGAUGAGUGAUAAGGCGCAAGAAGUUGUUAAAGAGGGGGAGAAGGAGGUGGAAGAAGAAGAUAUGGAGGUCACGACGGAAUUGAAUACUAUUUUGAAGAAAUCGCCGAUAAUCAUUUUCUCCAAAUCUUACUGUCCGCACUCUAAGCGCGCAAAGGAUAUCCUCCUCGAAAAGUACACAAUCGAUCCGCUCCCAUACGUGGUGGAAUUAGAUAAACAUCCCCUGGGAGGAAAACUACAAGGGAGAUUGAAUCAGCUUACAGGAAGGAGAACAGUCCCCAAUGUGUUGAUUAAUGGGGUCAGUAUCGGAGGUGGUGAUGAUGUGGCAGAAUUGGACGAGACGGGAAAGUUAGGAGAGAAGGUGAAGGAUUUGGGUGGGAAGAAAAUUCUGAGCGUUAAGGCUAAUUAA